GACACUUUGGGUACACUCGGUGACAUUUUGGUGACAGGCGGACACUGAGGGGACACUGAGGCACAGAGGGGGGGGUGACAGAGGUGCCACCCGCCCCACGUGACCCCACCCUGGGGGGUCCCGCGCCCCCCAAAAUCCCUCCCCAUUGCCCUUUUAAUUCUCGGCCCGCGGGCCCCACCGCGGUGCCAUCGCCCCUUUAAGCACCGCCCUGCUGCUGCCGGAAGAGGAAGUGACGUCAGGGUGUGGGCGGGGAUUGUGCCGGUCCCGGAGCCGCCAUGGCGGCGGCUCUGGAGAAGGACGCGGAGCUGGACCGGAGAAUCGCUGCCCUGCGCAGGAAGAACGAGGCGCUGGUGCGGCGCUACCAGGAAAUCGAGGCAGACCGGCGCGCGGCCGAGCUCCAGGGGGGGGCAGUGACCGCCCGACCCCCCCGGGGGGGGCAGCGACACCCCCAGAGCGAGCCCAAGCCCCCCCCGAGGGACCCAAAGCCCCCCCAGGGCCCCCCCAGGACCCCCGGGCGCCCCCAGGGUGGGGGAGGGGCGGGGGGGGGGUCCCGGCCCCGGCGGCCCCGGGGGAGGGGGGGAGGGGCGGGGGGGGGCGACGGCAGCGACAGAAAAUCCCAGGAAUGGGAGCAGCGGCGGCUGCAGAACAUUGAGCAGAUGAACGAGGAGAUGCAGAAAAUCGCUGAGUACGAGCGGAACUGCAGGGACGGAUUCCCGGAUCCCAGCCCGAAUCCCGUUCGGAACUUUCUGGACGAUCCCCGGCGCCGCGGCCCCGAGCGGGGGAGGGGCCCCGGGGGGGGCUCCCGGAGGCGCGGCCGGAGCUGGGGGGGAGCCGAGCUGGGCAAAAACACGUCUCGCCGGGGGGGGAUCCCGGCCCCCCUGGAUCCGACGCUCUGGAUGACGGGAAGGGAACGGGCGGAAUACGAGCGCUGGAAACGGGAACGGGAUCGGAUCGACCGCGAGCGCCUGGAGCGACACCGAGACCCCAAAGGAGCCUGGAGGAGGGAGUGGGACGCACAGAAACCCGAGGGGAUGUCAGUUUGGGGAGAAAAAAGGGGAUUUUGGGAAAAAAAUUUGGGAUUUGGGGGGGAUUUUUAG